GGUGUAGCCUAUUAAAACAAUUAAUUUCCUCUGGAUCCAGACUAUAGGAGUGAUCCCCUGCUGCCUUUCAGGUGUGCACUGGACAUGCAGUGCAUAUCUUUGUGGAGGGCAGCUGGUGGGAUGGCCACAGCAACCUCCUCCAGGGGAAAUACAGAUGUGGUCACUGCCAGAAGGACAGAGUCCCAUGAUGUCCCAGGCAUCAUCAGCCUCUUCAGCCCUGCCACACAAGACCUCUUUGGAAGGAUUGAUGUCACUUACCUCUUAGAAUUAUCAAAUCUUGCUUUGACACUCUGCAAUGAGAAGAAUGAGGUUAUAGCCCAUGCUGCCUUUCUGGACUAUCCAAAUUGGAAGAUCACAGAUCAGGCUGAAUGGGAACCAUUCCUGCAUGAAAACUACACCAACAAUAAGUGCACUCCUUUGAACACGCUCUUCGUGCAUCUCUUUGUGGCCAAGGAAGAUUAUGGAGCUGUGUGUUCCCAAGAAAUUGUUAGGAAAGCUUUUCUCUUACUACCAGAACUGCAGUUUAUACUUCUCUUUAUACCACCUGAGAAGAGGUUAGGUUUUAGGCAUUCAGAGCUGGACGUGGGGAAUGUCUUUGAAAGGAUGGUGCCUGUUCCAGGCUCUCCCAUGGAGGGACGUUUCACCUUGCUGGCCUGCCCGAGGCAUCGAUGUCACCCUCGGCUGUACGUGCGCCAAGCAAGGCUGGAAGAUUAUGAUGAUCUCAUGCUAAUCUGGACACCUCAAAGUGAGACUCUGAAGGAAAUCUAUGGUGAAUAUCUCCUUGUUGAUCUCAUAGAACGUGAAGGUGAAGAAGAUCAGGCAGCUGUUUGUGAGGUUGGUGGCACUGCAGUAGGAUUCAUGAGCUUAUGUUCUGAUGUGAACAUUUCCUUGUUUCAAGAGUGUUUUGACUUAGGGCCUUUCCAUGGACUCUGUAAACCACAUCCUGAGGAUAUUCUCAAAGUGCCACGGAAGCCAAGCGUUCAAGGAGAUCAAGAUGAAAGCAACCAAACAAGUCAAGAGCCAGAACCUGUUUCUUCUCAAAACUUGGAACAGGUUCCUGAUGCAGAUGCAGCUGUGCAGAAAGAUGGAGCUGUGACCAUUUCCCAGACUGAACUGCCGGUAGGUAAUGUCAUCAACGUGGGCUCUAAUGGCUCAGCAGCACCUCUGCUGGAGACUGAUCAGGAGGGGGAUUUGCAUCCUGUGUACAGAGGAGCUUCAAAUGUUUUCUGUAUCCGUCUGUUUUGUAUCGAUGAGAAGUAUGAAACUAGGUCACUGGAUUUCCUGCAUUAUGCUUUCAGCGUUUUCCCAGACAGAGACUUGUGUGUCAUCCUGGUGCCACAUCAUGUCCCAGAGUUCCCCCUGAUCCAGAGCUUUGUUCGGGCUGUCCCUUCCUGCACUUCCAGGCUGGGCCGGGAGCUGUAUGUGUUCCACCGGGGAGGAUUGCUCACGUCAUUUAAUGUAAGAAAAGCAGCAUCCAGUGACCUACAGGGUGUCAAAAUGCUUGUUGAAAGUCUUAGCUUAAAUGAAAGGAUAUGGAAUGACUCAAAGAUAUUCACUGAGGCUCGCAUGGAUCCAGACGGGAUGCCAGUACAGGCUUUUGUAGCAGAAGUUUUGGAUCAAAUCGUUGGAGUUUCUAUCAUUAGGGAUGAAAUGGAUAUUGAGUAUAUUCGAUCACAUUACAGUAUUGAGGACUUCAUCCAUUUUAAUCAUUACCAGCAAGAGGAACAUGGACAUCUUUGCCACUUUGUCUUGAAUCCUGUAUUUCAUCACUAUGCAAAAUACUUUCUAAAGGAGAUUCUUCGCUUGGGUCACAAGUCUUCUCUUUACUACCCUAUUUAUCCAGAAUAUGUGGAGGGCAAGUUCCAGCAUCCCUGUGCUCAUUCCCUGACAUCUGCCCUUCAUUACAUGGCUCCCGUGCGGCCGAGACGACAGAUUGUCUAUCCUCUGCAAGAGCUUGGCGAAAACGCUCCGUCGGAGCAAGUCUCCAAGGAUCAGCUGAAAUAUUCUUUGAACCACACAAAUCGAAAGCUGGUGCUGGAAUCAAAAGUGUAUAUCAACACUAGAAUUGUGGUGGUUGGUGCAUCUGAUGUUGGAAUCUCUUUUCUGGAAACGCUGGUUUUUUGGCCGCGUCUGAAGUUCAACAACCUGACCUUGAUUUCCAUUCAUGGCCUUCCAGGAAAAGACCCACAGAGCUCCAAGUAUAGAAGAUUUUUAAUUAACAGCCACUGUUUUAAUGAUGAAGAUUAUGCACAGAUGUCACUUUGUUCCUGGGUUAAUGUUGUGGUUGGUAAAAUGACGGGCAUAAACCGCAGUGCCAAAUACGUUGUUGUUUCCAAGGAGAAGAAAGUGCCAUACGACUACCUGGUUCUGUGCACAGGACAGAGCUACCAGGCCUUGGCUCCCAUGGAAGCACAUAUCAGUGAAGUCACGAGCCACUGGCCACAGAGGUACACAGAGAAAGUCCCUUCCAAUCACUUCACUCUCAAUGACACCCAGGACUGCUUGGAGGCAACACUCUGGCUGGAGGAAAACCUCAUCAGCUCCACAGGGAACGCCAUUGUCUACGGGAAUACAAUCGACAUGUACACCACGGUAGAAACCCUCUUAUCCUUAGGGAUUGAUGGUUCCCGCAUCCAUCUUGUGCAGGCUCCGCUCGGCCCUGCGGGUCCCUGCCUGGCCGACGCCAGCCUGGAGCGCGCGGUGCGCGAGGCCCUGGCAGAGGUGGGUGUGGCCGUGCACCCCGACAGCGUCCUGGCACAGUGGGGACACGGUGACCACGGCCUCCUCACCUGGGCUGCCUUCACCUCUGCCUCCCACCUCCUCCACCUGCAGUGCUCCGCAUUUUUUAGCUUUGCCUACAGGACACUGGAUUAUGAAACCUUUGAGGCUAUCACUGAUGCUUGCCUUGUUUUUGAUGGAAGACUUGUGAUUGAUGCCAAAUUCCACACCAAUGAUACCAGCAUCAGGGCUGCAGGUCCUCUGACAAAGUUCUCCAGGAGAUACUAUAGGGAUGAAAUAACACACAGCAACUUCAACUCCAGGGAGAUUGGCUCUGAGCUUGCUGCUUCCAUGCUGAGUCUCUUUGAUUCAUCCCCUCAGCCCAGUUCUGAGCCACCAGAAGGCUCAGACAGACUCAUCCCCGUAUACAGAAGGUGUAAAGUUCAAGGUGGUGUUCUUCCUGGAGGUUAUAACUACUUGCACAUUUCCAAGCCUGGAAUCCCCAUGUCCUUGGAUGUAGAACAUGACCAGUGUGAUUAUGGGAUGGAGAUUGUAACCGGGGAGGCCAGUCAUGGGAAUUACUUCAGGAUGCACUUCAGCAGAUACAAUAUGGUGGACAGCAUCACCUGCUUUUCCAAGGAACCCUUCCCUGUCUCCAACUACAUCUGCUUGUACGGACAGCACGAGCGCCUCCUCAAUGACCUCUAUUACCGCUGGAGGGCCGGGCAGCUCACAGACCUCUACAGCUACUUCAGGGAACCUUGGUCCUUGGCCAUCUAUCACGAUCGGUUUAUUGAUCUGCAGAAGGAACUGCGCCAAACCCUGAUGUCAGAACAGGGUCCGGGGCAGCCCACCGCGGCCCAGCAGCACCCCGAGCAGAGACCCGGCCCGCCGCCGCUGCGGGAGCCCGUCCUGCGCUACCUGCGCCACCACCGCGCCCAGCUGCCCAUGUACGCCCCGACCGACGCCUACAGACUGCCGCCGGCUGCAGCAGGCAGCCAGGCACUGAAGCCAGGCAGAGCUGGGCACAGAGGCAGCAGUGGGAGCCCCACACGGGCACAGGAGCCCUCCUAGGAGCGCAUCCUCCUGACACGGAGGUUUUGUCAGCUCUGCAGCCAGGAUUUGUGUGCUGUGGAGGACAGAAUGUUGCCCAGAGAAGCUGUGGCUGCCCCAUCCCUGGAAGUGUUCCGAGGCAGGUUGGACAGGGCUUGCAGCAGCCUGGGAUAGUGGGAAGUGUCCCUGCCCAUGGUAAGGGUGGAAUGAGAUGAGCUUGAAGUUCCUUUCCAACACAAUCCAUUCUGGGACUCCAUGAUAAGUAUAAACCAGUCUACAUGUUAUUUAAUUUAGUAGAUUAUUUUUAAUGCCAUUUUUGCAGCUGCUGCCAUCGGUGCAGAGCUGGGGGUGCCUUGGGCCCGUGCUCCUGCCCCAUGCUGGACUGGCUGUGCCAGCCCCUGUGGCUGUGUCCUGUCCCAGUGCCCCAGCCCCCGUGGGUGCCCUCAGCUGUGCAGAGCCACAUGUCCUGCAGCCAGAGCUGCCAGGGCAGCGGGGACCCGCGGCUGUGCCAGCCCCGGUGAGGGGCACUGCCAGCACAGCCCCCGAGGGCACAGAGCAGCCCCAGCAGGCUCUCCACUCCCUGAGGGUGGUGGUGCUGGGCCUGGGGCAGGGAUCCUCCUUGGGAAAGGCAGCUGGAAGCUGGGUUUCCAACAGCUCCUGAGUGUGUGCAGUUACUUCUGCAAAGGGAGCUUUAUCUGGAGCUAGCUGGAUUAACUCAAUUUCUGGUUAGAGCACCUGAAAGCUGUUUAGGAGAGGACUUUGCUGUGGCUCUUCAGCAAAGGAAGGGAACUUUGCUUUCUCUUUUCAGACAUCGUUAUGGCUGAGUGUAGCCCCCCACAUUUGCUUAAGGAAUGUCGCUGUAGAGUACAAAAUCACCACUAAAAACCUCUUGUUUUCAGUGUGGGUGGUUGGGCCAUGAGACAUUGCAGGGAAGCAGGUUAUGGACGGUGGGUUCUGGGGGCCCCAGAAGUCUGUCUCCAAGCUUGGCACCGUGGGCAGGGCUGGGCUGGUGGUGUCACCGUGCAGGGUGGCAAAGGGCACUGCUGCCAUGUGGGGUCUGCAGGGCACGACCGUGGGUGCCCGUGUCAGUCACAGCGUGGUGUGAACUCCUCAAGAGCACUCCAGUCUGGGAACAGCUGUUCCUGCAGAGAGGGACAGAGCCCGUGUCCAGCAGGGACUGUCCCUGUCCCCUGUGAGCCAGCCCUGCACACCCAUGGCACCCGCAGCAGCCUGGCCCAGUGUCAGCAGCACCACCAGUGGAGUUCCAGCCCUGGCACCUCCCACCCGCCGCCACACACACCACACAGGUUCCUUCACUGACAGAAAAUCAACAGAAGCAAAGCCCAACUGUGAGGCAGAAAAUCAAACCAGUUGUCCAAGCCCUCAGUGACAGAGGGUCCUUCCUGCAGCUGCACCAGGGAGCAGUUCCAGUGCACAGCCAUUGCACACACCACAGAAAGGCCACAGCACUCCCGCAGUGGGACAGCACCAACUGGAGAGCUCCUCCCUCAUCCACCUGUGCUCCAGCAGGGAACAUCUGCUACCUGGCCAGUCACAGAAAAACCUCUCUUUAGAAGAAACUCCCUAUAAUGCACAGGUAAGUGCUGCCUGGAAUGACUAAAGCAAUGCUCUAAGGGUACAUUAAAUAACUAGUUUCAGUGCUGGUUCACCUCUGGCUGCAGCAUCUGCACCCAGGGGCUUGGGGCCCUUGCUCACCUGGUGCCAGUGCAGUGGUGAUGGUGACACAGGUGACAUCCAUGUCUGACAGGCAGCCAUGUCUGACCAGACUGGGGAAGGGCCAUUUCACAGAGCAAACCCCUCGCCUCACCCCUUCAAGACAUGUUCACCCAGACUGCCCAUUCUGAUCUGUGCUCAGGUGCCGUGGCUGCCCCGGCCACAGCUCUGUUCUCGGGGCUCAGGUGGACACCUUGCUGAGGGCUCUAGCAGAGCUUCCUGGAGAGCCUGCUCCUGGAGGCACGUGAGGACAAGGGCAGCUCCACCAGCUCGACGCCGGUGGUGUCAGCGAGGUCAGCGCUUGCACUGGUGGUGAGGCAGCCUGGAAAACAGAGCAGGCAAGGAAAACCAGGUCAGGACAAAACAGAAUAACCGUGUGGCACAGCACAGCCCCCCGCCUCUUCCCCGCCUCUCCUGGCAUCACCCAGGUGAACUCGACCUCCAGAGCAGGAAUGUGCAGUAGGCAGCUGAAGAACUGCCAUACUGCGCUUCCCAGGGAAAUCGGGGAUUUCUCUUUGCCAGCUCCCAGAAGUGAGGAGCAGCGAGGUCCUGAGAGGCCAUCAGUGUCCAGGUGAGCACUGAGCCCCCCAGCAUCACCCCCUUUUGGUUUGCACAGCCCCUGCAGCCCCUGAUGGCUCUCAGGGCCCCAACAGCCCCAUGGGAGGGAGGCAGGAAGCUCCUAUCCUGCUCACUUCAAGCUCCAACAUAAAAUAGUUGUGGGUGAUACAAAAUUUGUGUGGGUGAUACAAAACUGUUUUUUGCUGUGUGUCAUUAAACUGUUCUUCUGUGUUUGGCCUGUUACAGAGAGGUGGAAACAAGCAUUCCCAGUGUGAGGGCUGGCAGAUAACUCUCCCUGGAAGGUGCCUUAACCUCUGGAAACAUUCUAAAGAAUCACAAUUUCUUCCACUACAUAAGAGGUAGGAGGGAGGAACAGCCUUGGAACCAGGCAUGAAGAGCACAGGAAUGUUCUGAACCCUCUCUGAAGGCUGGCACCAUUGGCACCCCCUCUGAACCUCCUGAGGGAUGGUUGUGUUUUGAACCAUAGACCUGCUUCCAGUGACUCCAUCCUGGCCAGGCCACAACUCUUCAAUCCUCCCUUCACCUUCCUAGCCAGGAGGCAGAACUGCACCCUGGAGGCAGAACCACGUGCGGAGCGCAGGAGGCGCGCGCAGAGCAGAGGAGGCAGAACUGCACGGGGAUAUGGGAGCUGCAAGGCAAACAGAGCAUGGGAGGCAGAGCAGAGGAGGCGUGAGCUGAACAUGGAGCACAGGAGGUAGAGCUGAGCGUGGAGCAGAGGCAGCAAGGGAGGAGGAGGGGAAGGAGAGCUGUUGCUGAUGAACCACAGCAGCAGCAGAGGGGCCUGCGGGAAGCAUGCUCUUACCUGUGUGGCUGUUACUGUACCGAGAGCAUUAACACUCUAAUCUAAAGGGAGAGAACAAAACUGUGUCAGUGAAGGACCAAAGGGAGAGAACAAAAACCAUGUCAGUGCAGGACCAGCACCCUGUGACUGCUGUGUUUGCAUCACCUGACACAGCACACCUUGCUAAAGGUGGGAAGGGGAGCUCCCCUCAGAGACCUGCAAAAACACACACACAUGCACUUGGUCCUGGGGUCUGUGGACUGAAACAACCAAGGGAGGGAAUGUUGGCAAAAAUUAGAAUGAAUAUUCAUUGCGCUUCAUCUUCUGUCAAGCCUGCAGCUGCUUCAUGCUUCAGCUCCACGUCCAGCACUGUUGCUGGUCGCACCAUUUGAAAUUGGCUAAAAUUUGAGGCUUUAUGGAGACCUAAAUGUCUGUGACACUAUAGCCACGUUAAAACUGCAAGAUGUGAGCAGCACAGUGAUCCUGGUGGCAGAAGAGAGGUCCUUGAAUGGAUAAAACCUGUCCAUGAGCAGUCACACACCUCACUCAGACAAGACACACACACACACAGAGUGGAGGGCCUCUCACAGGUGAGGCUGCUUAGAGAGCAUUAAGCUUUCAAAACACAUUUCUUGCAGGAGUGAUUAAAAACAGAAUUAAAAUAUAGAUGACAGCACUUUAAAUGCAAGGUUACCUUGCAGGAAGCCAGAGAGAGAUGGUGUACUGCAUUUUAAAUCCAGUCCACAGAAUAAACCUGGUUCCUUCCCCAGGGCAUGUGCUCUAGGAAUGGCAUUUUACCCACUGCUCAUGAUGCAGCUGAACACCCCUGAAAGCAAGGGUGGGUAAGACAUGACCUGUAAGGAUGCUCAAGAUUGGUACUUGAGAAGAACUCUGAAGUUUUCACAUGAGCUGUGACCUAUUCCAACCCCCUACUAACCUUUCAGCCAGGACAGGUCUGUGGAAAUCUUUGUUUUCCUUCCUAGUAAAUGCAAAGGUAAUAAAAUUCCAGAGAGAAACGUUGUCAUAAA